ACCGCAAAUGACAACCUGGACACACACAAAUGUCAUUGUAAAAAACUAUAAUAGUCGCGAACUCUAAUUCGCAAUGUGGGAGAGAACAAAUUGCCGCGAUUUAACUUAUCUCUCCUCUGUUAUUAUUAUAUUUUUCCGUGUCAAUAAUUAGUUUCAUACAACAAGUUUUCCACAAUAAUUAAUAUUCUAUCAAACCAUAUUGUACAUUUAUUAUUUAUGUUACACAUUUCAUCUCCGUUAUUAUUUUUAAAAAUUAUAUAAAAAAAGAGAAAUGUAAUAUUCUUUUUUUUUCUCAGCUACAUAACUUUCACCAGUGGUAGUGAGUUCAUCGAAAUAUGACUCCUGUGAUAAAAAUUUAGUCGAUAGUACAAGUCAAUGUUUAAUUGUUUUUAUUUUUUAAAAAUACUUAAUUAUUAUUACUGUUAUUAUUUAUAAAUAAUUUACGCUGCCCAUGAGCUGAUAGUUUAUUUUUUAUCAUCAAGACAAAAUAUUAUGGCGACAAGUCUGAUCAUUUAAUAAAUCCAAUAUGGUAGCAGCUGGAGCUAAUGAUUUGAUGGCUGCUAAUGAGGGCAGCUCAUCUGAUAGUCUGGCCAGAAGACCAAGAACCAGUACUUCAAACAGUAUUAUAGGAAAAAAGACUGCCAGCAUCCGCGAAACCAAGGCGUCGAGACUUCGUGCUGCAUCAAUAGUAUCUCCAAUUGAUGGCUCAAGUUUGCCAAGAAAAACAGGAUUUUCCGACGGUGUGCCGGCCUGGAGUUCACACUCGGCUGCUACCUUGUACAAUAAACAAAAAAGUCCAAUGUCUUCGAGUAGCAGCCUUUCUCAAACCUCGCCGAGAGACAGAGACAAAUAUCACCAGAGGCGAUAUUCCACAAAAAUGACUGAGCCCGAAGAGAGAUUUGCUGAUCCACAAAAUAUAAUUAAUAUUACAGGUGACAAAAAUAUCCGUCGUUCAAAACGAUUGGCACUAAGAGCUGCCGGGACAAAACCGUCAUCAGCUUCUAGCGAUUUAAAUCAGUGUCCGUUAGGCGUUGGUCAUUAUCAUCAUCACGAUUCAAAAGACACGCGACGGGUCAGUAAUCAUCAAAGCACAUCCGAUUCAGUAGCAGUACGUGCGUCGUCCUCGUCAUCUACAUCAACGACAUUCGCUUCCUCAUCCGGCACGAAACGUUCCACUGCAAACCGACUCGGCGGUCACGACAGCAGUGAGGUUUUGAAGCAGCGGGUCGACGCGCUGACGGCACGCACAAGAGCUACCAUGGAACGUGUAGAAAGGCUCGCUUCCUCGACUUCAUCAUCAUCAUCACCAUCUUCCUCCCACGCGAUUACACCCAUUGAGAGUAGAACUGUCAGUAUAAGACCUGGUGACUAUCAAAUCUCUGGUAUACCUCAAAUGGUCACGUCUAAAUCGCGCACCAGUGCCAAGCAAUCGUCCAAGACUGGGUGUGUUGUCACAUCGAGUGCGGCUGCAUCGCCGUCAUUAUUAACGACGUCCAAUUUAUCAUCGUCUAUUCUCAAGACAAUCAACGACGAGGUCCAAGUCAUAUCAUCAUCAACACUAUCAUCAAGUCGACAUCAAUCAGCGCUUAUUUCUAUACUUAAACACAAGUCAUUUGAUACUGAGACCGCGACUACGGUUGAGUCUCGUCCACUUGUUACAGUAGCACUAGAAAGUGAUAAAGUUAUCAAUAAAAAACACGGGAUAUUAAAAAAACGAAGUAGUUUAGAUGAAAACGAGAUAUUACGGCGACGAAGUAAUUCUCCAGAUGUAUAUGCGGAAUUAAGUAGUUUAGAAUAUCGACCAAUAUUUACAAACGAACGUCGUUCGUCUUUAGACGAGCUCGUAAAACGUCCACGCAGCCCGGAGUCACAUCUGACGUCUAUUUUAAAACGUAAAACUUCUGGAGAAGAUGAUCGUGAAGAUAUUUAUUCGACUGAGCCACAGAGUAUCUUAAAGCGACCAUCCUCUGGUGGUGUAAAGUUAAAUUCCACUGGUCAUCAUGUCAGUAUUGCUGCUGCCGUUGCCAAGACCCUCGGGGAUACGGAGUUUCUGAAUGGCGGCGCUUGUACCCAAGUCCGUCCGAUUCUCAAAAAAAAAAUGAGCCGCGAGGAAUCAUCAUCUAGUGACCCGCCGUCUCUUGAACCCCGGCCGAUUUUGAAAAAAAAAUCCAGCACUGAGUCCGACGAGCACGAAGACAAACCCAAGACGAUAUUAAAAUCAUCGAAAAAAAAUUCCGAAGAUUCUAGCAAUGAAUCCGAGGCUGUUUCGCCAAAAAAACUUUCAGUGUUGAAAAAUCGCGCACUGCAACGUCGCACCAAUAGCCUGCCAGAGUGCGAUGCAGUCCGUUCAAUACUUAAGAACUCAUCUUCCGGUCGAUCGCGAUCCAUCGACGCAACGAGGGAUCUGUGUCUGAGGAAACGCGCCCGGUCCGUUGGCCACGAGCACUCGUCCCACGACGACUGGAGUGAAAUGUACGAUAAUACUGAUAAAGAUAUUAUUGACGUUGACUGUAGACCCACUUCAAUCAGUUCAUCAUUACGUUGUAACAAUUUCACUUCAUCCAUUGCGCCUAUAGUCUCAUUCAAGUUACCCAGUAGAGAAGACGAAGUAAUUUAUUGUGAUUCAAAUGCUGAAGACAGUGCAACCAACGAUGACGAAACAAAUUCAACAAACAUCAACAGCAAUAAUAAAUUAAAUGAUAAUAUUGUUAAGUUACGUCGUGCACGUCAUAUAUCACGACGCUACAGAAAUCGUAAAGAAUUAACUAAUACCAUUGACGUCCUUCAAACACUGCCCAGUACUGUCGUAAUAGACAGCAGCCCGAGUGUUAAAUUAUUGGAGCUGAGGAAGGUGAAGGCAGACGAGAAGCCGGCGGUUGAAAAAAUGCAUGUCAUCGGAAUAAAUAAGGAUACAGAAAAAUUAGAUUCGUCGACAUUGGAAAAUAGAAGACAGAUUUGUACUCUCAGUGGUAGGAAUGUAUCACAAAUGGCGUUACGUUUCAAGGCUGUGGAAGAAGAACGGGUUAAAAUUACGAGUGUGAAGGAGAGCAAGUUGCCACGGCGUAACUGCCACCAACAACGACAGCGCAAUGAUGCAUUAGGGCAGCCUCACUCUCGAGAUCUUUAUGACAGGUUUGUUACCCAGCCAGUUACUUAUCAGGAGGUGCACGAAGCAGUGCUCCAGAAUCAGGGAAUUGAUAAAAUUGCUGGUAUGAAAUCGCUUGACGCUGCUCCUGUCCGGAGGCAAGAUUUAAAAACUGAUGACGUCGAUCCGUCGAAACUGAGCCUUGCUGAGCGAGUUAAAUUUUUUAAUCGGCGCAUUGCCACUGAGACCAUCAGCAAAUCUGACGUUACACUCGAUCGGGCGCAAAGGAGAAUGAACAGUCGGUUUAGAACUCAGCCAGUUACUUUAGAAGAGGUCGAGGUCGCGUCAAGAAGCAUUCCAUCAAAAACGGAUAAUUUUAAAAAACUUCCUGAUGAAUCUCUCGGAACUGCCGCGAUACCGGAAACUAUUUCGCUGUCAAAUACCGAUCAGCCUAAAGGAAUUUUGAAAUCUUCAAGUUUACACGCACUAGGAAUUCGUCAAAAGCAGCAAGAUUUUAUUCCAGUAUCUGGAUCCUCUUCAAGCUCAUCAUCAGAUGUAGAUGUAGAUGUAGAUAUUGCUUGUUGCGUAAAUAAUAAUAAAAUAUCGUACUCGAGAGAACAAGAACCACGGAUUGUUAAGCAAUGUGAAGAGAGUGAGUCAUAUAAUGAAUACUGCACAGACGUAAACGAUGGAGUUAUUUUACGGAAUAAAAAUUUUAGUCGUGUUUGUGAAUCAACUCGAGUAGUUGUGAUGAACAGCAACAGUGUCAAGAGAGACAAUACAGUGCCUUCAUCAGAGUUUAUUGAUAGUAAUAAUAGUUGCAAUAGUAUAAGUAACACUACCAGUAGCAGCAGUAGCAGCAGUAAUACGAUAAUCGACAGUGAUAAAUUAAAGAAAAAUCUAAAACAGCGAAUUUUAAAUACCAGCAAAUUCCGACGUAAAUCUGAAAGUGAGAGUAUUUUAAAUGAAGACAAUACUUUAGCAAGUAAAAAAAAUCUCAGACCAGUAUCGGUUGUAAAUUCUGUUGAUUUUCCGAGCAUGAGUAUCGCCGACCGUCUGGCUGCACUUCAGCGCAGCGGCACAACUGAUUGGAAGCGCCGAGUGACAACUGAAACUGUGCCUCUAAUUAUUGCCGACAAGUCCAUGGACAAUGAUUCCAAGAAGAGCAGCGAUCUUUGUCAAACAGAGAAAGAGGAUCUGGCGAUUAAGCAACGGAGAUUAGCUGAUCGGCUGGAAAAAUUGGAAUCAGCGGCUGAAGGCUGGCGCAAACGGGUCGUUGUAACAGACGCGCUUACUUUUUCAGUCGCCGGUAAAAUGAGAGUGGAAUUACCUGACUCACUUAACUCACAUCCUAAGCUCUUUGAUUCAAUGGGCAACUCUUGUGUUUCUGAUGGCAAGAAAAAAAUUCCUCGGCCUGACCACAGGAAAGGAAGUGCUAAAGACACAGCGACAGUAAUGAGCGAGGAUAGCGGCGAGGAGUCAAAGACAAAUGGCAGACCGAGCACAGUCCAAUACGUUACUCGUCCCGAUGAUGAGACUUUCACUUCGUUUUUUGACAGUCUCUCUGUAGAAAAGUGUCGGGAAGAAAGUAUCGACGUUGAUGAAAGUGACUUUGAUGUCAUUACUCCAUACUCUGAGUUACUCGGUACACGAAGAACAACAAAAUUUAAACGGCGACAUGUUUCUUCAAGAAAUCCAAUUAAAAUAUUGGCUGCGCGGACGGAUAUCAAGGAUGAAUAUACUGAAAUAAAUACUGGUGUCGCUGAAAGAGUUAUGAAGAUGACAAACAUUGAAAAACUUGCUCAAAAUUCAACUUUGGCUGUGGAAGCACUAGCCGGUCUAGCUUCGACGGAAAAUUUCAAUGCGAUAACUCUGAAGAAUGUCAGUGAUGAGGUUGCGUUUGGUAAUAAUAGUAAACUACGUUCUUACAAAGACUUGAUGCUGAUACUAGUGAAAGGUCGCCGACACGUUCAAGUCCGUCUAGUCGAACCUGUGGCUGCGAGCGUAAACUCUGGUGACAAUUACAUUCUGGUAACAAGAUCAGAGCUGUAUCAUUACUCAGGAAAAUUCAGCAACGUCAUUGAGAAGUCUAGAGCUGCUGACAUAGCAUCGAGGAUACAGAGACACAAAGACCUGGGCUGUCAUGCUGCUCGUGUGGUGACAAUACACGAGGGCAAGACGACGGGAGCGGUGACAGACACGGAGAACUUUUGGAGACUUCUAGGCGAGGAGGAUAUUAAUGCUGAUGUCGUUGAAGCUGGACAUCCUGAUGAAGAUGAACUGUACGAGUCGGCAUUAAUUGCUACCAACGUUGUCUACGAAGUUGUCAAUGAUGAACUGAUACCUCUGGAUAAAUACUGGGGUACGAUACCAAAGAUAAAAAUACUUGAUCCCAGUAAAAUUUUAGUCUUUGAUUUUGGUAGCGAGAUGUACAUAUGGCAUGGAAAAAUAGCUUCCAUGGAGAAGCGUAGGGUGGCAACACGGUUAGCACAAGAUCUGUGGGAUGAAGGGUACGACUAUUCGGACUGUACUGCCUGUCCAAUAGAUGCUGCUAAAAUAAUUGGACGGCGCGCUGUUACGCCAGCUGCUGUAAAGAAAAACAUAAAACGUCCCGAGUGGUGUUUGAUUGCUAAAUUAACUCAGCACACUGAGACGAUACUCUUCCGUGAAAAAUUUCUUGAUUGGCCAAAUGCCGCUGGAGUUAUAAAAGUUAAAAAGCCGGAAGAAAAAGAACAAGUUGAUGGUAAAAUAAUUGUCGAACCACCUGAUGUUAAUUUAAUGCUUCAGCCAAAUGAUACGCCUGUUGAUUUGAUACUCGAAGGCUGUCAUCUGGGCCGCGGAAGCGGUUGGUUCGACCAGGAAUUCAGUCGUCAGUACUUGGUAAUGACCACGAAUGUUACUGUGUGGCACAUUGAUGAGUACUCUUAUAGUCAGUUGAAUGAUAGUUCCGUUGGACAAUUUUUCACGGGUGAUAGUUACAUUGUUCGGUGGAUGUAUACUAUCACCGUUACGGGACGCGAACUGAGUGGAUUGCCAUCAAAACACGCAGUUGAAGGCCGCGAUCGGUGCGCGUAUUUUAUUUGGCAAGGCAGAAAUGCCUCGCUUAAUAAACAGGGUACUGCUGCCUUGCUCACCGUCGAACUGGACAAAGAGCAAGGCCCUCAAAUACGCGUAGUCGAAGGCAAUGAACCCGCGGCUUUUCUUAAUUUAUUUAAAGGCGGUAUGGUAAUUCACUCGGGAAAAAAAUCCGACAAACGCAAUUACAAUAAAUUACGUAUUUACGUUAGUCGGAGCGCUGAAAAAUCCGAAACUUGUUUAAUUGAAGUUCCAUGUAGUCCGCGACAAUUAAAGAGUCGGGGAUCUCUAGUCUUCCUUGACAGUAAGUCUGAAAAAAUUUCCGUGUGGUAUGGACGGCAUUCGCUUUCUCAUAUUCGUGAAAAUGCUUUACAUGCUGCUGGGAAACUGAAAGAUAAUUGUCCGCCUGAAGCCGGGCUCGGUGAUUGUAACCCGAGUAUCUGUGAAAUAUACGAAGGUGAAGAACCCGAGGAGUUUUUAAAUGGCGUGAUGAAUAGAAAAUUACACAUGACUCUCAACAGAAAGAGCAUCCCGCACCAUACGCCAAGACUCUUUCACUUUUCGAGCCUGUCGGGAGAAUUUACAGCGACUGAAAUUUUGUGCCCACAUCGAUCCAAGGAGCCGACGCCUUUUCCGUUUUUACAAGAGGAGCUGUACCAAGUAAACCAGCCAGCUUUAUUUUUGCUGGACAACAAAGAUGAAGUUUGGCUGUGGCAGGGCUGGUGGCCCGACACCGGCGAAGAGGAUCAGACAGGAAGUGGCGCUGUAAGAUGGCAAGCUGAACGAAAAGCUGCUAUGACAGUUGCUAUUGACUACUGGAAAAAGAUGCAGACACACUCGAGUAUUAAAAAAUGUUGCGUUUAUCUCGUGUGGGCCGGGCUGGAACCGCUUGAAUUCAUAAAUCUUUUUCCCACUUGGACUGAUCGUGAUGACAUCGCUGAAUUAAAUAUAAAGGAUGGUCGUGCUCCUGGUGAAAUACUUUCUGUUGAAAGCGAGCUGGCUCGUUUAAUGCAACGUACUUAUCCACCUGCUCAAUUACUACAACGACCGUUACCUGAAGGUGUUGAUCCGACUUCAUUAGAAUUAUAUUUGUCUCCGCAACACUUUUUGGAACUACUGGGUAUGAGCAUAGAAGAAUUUAAAGAACUUCCGGCAUGGAAGCAAAUAGAUAUUAAAAAGAAAAUCGGCCUUUUUUGAUACAUACCGACGGUUAAAUUUACUGAAACAUGUGUACAGUAAUUUAAAAAAAUGUUAUUUUAUAUACAAAAAUCAAAUAAUUAAAUUGCCAAUGCAAUUUAUGUAAUUUUAA